AACAUAUAGUUCUUUACAGUAUUCAGUAAUAAAUUGACUUUUUCACCUGUUUUUUUUGCAGAUGGCUGUAAAAGUGAAUCCAGUCAGCUGUGUAACGAUCUAAACUAUGAUGUUCAUAAGUACACAUGCUGCAAUGGGUUCAUACUUAAUGGAUCCCAUCUGGCCUGUUGUGGAAACCAUUCCUACGACACCCUGACCAGCUCCUGCUGCGACAAUGUUAUUAUGGAAGGACUGAGUCAAAAUGUGUCCAAGUGCUGUGGAUCUAAAGCCAUCAACCCUCUGAAUCAGAUUUGCUGCCAGAAACGAAUCCUGAACAAAACCAGUGCUCAGUCGAUUUGCUGUGGUGCAGAGCAAUAUGAAGAGAAGACUCAUCUGUGCUGUGGAAAUAACAUGGUUAUCCACAAGAAACUAAACCCAUCAGACAGGUGCUGUGGAGAUAAGAUGUACAGCAAGGAGCAACACUGCAAUACAUCGAGUUUGCCAGAACACCAGGAGAAACAUCACCGGUGUGACGCAAAAAAAGCCAAUCAAGCUUGCUCACAGAAUGAGGACUAUAGAUGGGAAGAGGACGAGUGCCAUAUAUGUUGUUCGGGGAUACUCAAAAGGAGAUCUGAUCUUACAGUCUGCUGUGGUACACAUGUGUACCAGCUGUCGGAGAAGAACGUACUGUGUUGUGACGGAGUGCUGCAUCGUAACCAACCUGUCGGUUCCAAAUGUAUAGGAGGGAGCACAUACUCUCCUAACAAUUACACUGUCUGCAACAAACAUGCACACCUACCGGCAGGACAGCAGUGCUGUGGAAAAGACACGUUCGACCCUCUGGAGAAGAUCUGCUGCAAUGAACACAGUCAUGCAAAGUACAAUAACGGGAAGCUCAUGUCCUGCUGUGGUUCUCACGCCUACGAUCCCAGUGAACACAAAUGCUGCGCGGGUCACCUCCACCCAACGACCGACCCGAAGGCCGAAUGCUGUGGUUCUGUCCUGCUGACCGAUCUGUCAGAGCAGAGGUGCUGUAGCUCAGAUGAAAAAGCUCUGGUGUAUAAGACUCAGAUAAAUCAUUCCUGCUGCGGACACUGGUACUACAACGUCACACUGUGGAGCUGCUGCGUCCAGCAACUGAUUCCCGGACCACAAAACAACAGUGUGAAAGGUUUCCUCUCUCUUCGACCCCCUACUGACUACAGCAUAUCUACCAUCUGCAACAAUAAAGUAUUUGUAGGGACAGUGCAAAGUGAAGCGGUGAAAAAGACCAGACGUGAGAUAGUGUUGACGGAUGUGAUGAACGUUCGGGACACCCGUGUAAUCUUUAAAAACAACACCCUGAUAGUCGAGGACCUGGAUCACUGCAGCCUCCCUCUCCUGAAGAAAGGCGGAACCUAUCUGUGGAAAGAGACCAGCGAUAUGACGUACGAGCCCAUGUCCACUGUGGGUGACCUGGCCUCGGUCCUCCACACCCUCUUAAACCUCUGCAGCAGUAACAACUAAAAACGUGCUGUAAGAGUCCGAGCACCAUCACAGCUCGUUACUUUACUCUCCUCAACAAUAUAAUCAAGCUUUGCAUUUGGCAAUACUGCUAAGCCUUAAAACUAUUCUGUGCCAGAACAUUUACUCACAUAAAUGUCAAAGGGAUUAAAGGGAUUCAGUGACGUUUCAAGAAAACACGUUUAUUUUCAUGACCACACAUUUAAGAGUUAGAGACGGUUUAUUCGUGAAUGUGGGUCUAGCAGGGUUUGCAAACGUGUGACUCAAGAACCAAUUGUCCUUAUUAAUCAAAGUUGCAUAGGGCCAUAGUAACCUCUGCGUAUAUAGUUCUCACCAAUAUAACUCAUCACUGGUCAGAGGGGUUGUGAAUGUCUCAGUAAAUAUAAGAAAUACUACCAAAACAUCUCAAAUGCUUCCAGUGUUAAUAAACAAUAAUAAACAUCAUCGAAACAUCUGUCCUGUAAACACUGGCUGCAGAGCUAACAAAAACAUCCUGGACAGGAAACACACACUCACGUAUUCACACCUGCUCAUACCUGAACGCUGCUUUAAAUAUAUCAAUAGAAUAACAACAGAACAAUCACACAUGACAGUCCUUGCUAAAAAUGCUAGAUAUUUCAGUUUUAACGUUUUUAGAAGCCCUGAGAUGGACAGCUGACGUGUCCGGGGUAUUUUCGUGCCUUUCGGUCAAUAAAUCAGACCCACCGCGACCUUGGCCAGGAUAAAGCAGUGAUAAAACGGACAAUAAAUGAAAAAUAUAUAUUGUAAAUACAAUUGGAAUUGGGAAUUUUGGCGAACUGACAUUUUACUGACUCGUGUGAGCUUUUGUCCACAUUACUGGAAAACAUUCUCAUCAUUUUGGAUAAAAGCAAGCAAGUUAAAACCUGUUGAACAUUUUCAUUUGUUAAUUUGUUAUAGUUUUUGGAGCAUCAUUUUUCGUAUUAUUAACAUUAUUAUUAAUGUGUUGGUCUUUUUGAAAUGCUUACAGUGUUCCUAAGACACCCCUAAUUCCCUAGUCCAUGUGUAAUUAUUACUUUUGAAAAUAAAAAACACUAUUUUGGCAAACUGACCAGCCAUAGGAGGUUAAAUUCAGUGUUUUAUAUAUAUAAUACAGCAAUUAGUAACAAGUAAGCAACCCAGGGAGUGUGGUGUGAUGUGAAAGCUCAGCAUAAUGUAAACACUCCAAAGUGGACUACUUUUUGUUUUCUACUUAAACCAAAUUUAAAACAAGGUUUUUUGAUGCACAGUGUCAAAAACCUUCUAUCAGGGCCACACAAGCAUACCUAAAAUUUAGUUCUAUGCCUGAUUUUAUUUAUUUAAUUUAUUUAUUUUUAUUUAGUUUUAUGACUUGCAGUACAAGGGUUUUGUGACACAGAUAGUAGUUAGUUAUUCUGGCACUAAAAUCUGAGCUUGUUUUAUGCAACUUUGAUGAAUAUGGGCUAUUAUUGUAUAGGUUUUCGAUUGCCUAAAAGAACAAUAAACUAAGUAAUCACUUAAUAAUAAUAAGCUUAUGAAAUGGUGGUAAUGGUAGUUUCAAUAAAAGCAUUAUGUCACUGACAUAACAAGAAAGCUGACAUACUGAAUAGCUCGAAACAUGUAUGGCUGAUGUAAACAAAGAAUGCUAUAGCAGUAAGUGACAUAAAAUCCAGCUAAACGGGUUUUGAAGAAUACAGGUGUACUAAAAUAAGCUCCUUUUUUCUAGGGUCAAGAUGGUGAUGGAAGGUCCAAUAAGCUAGUACUAGCCAGUUCUAACAGACAGCCUACUUUGUAGGUUAAAUAGAAUUGCGUCUUAAAUGUAUACACUUGAUUCUCUUAAUGCUGUACACUGGGAGUGACACAGCUAGUAUGGUGGAUGCUUCUAUGCCUUUCCUCCUUUUAAAGCAUAUACAAGGUUGAUUGGUUGCUCUAAAUUGCAUUUAAGUGUGUGUAUAGCCCUGGGAUGGACUGGCACUAUGUUCAGGGUGUUUUCUUGCUGUGCAACCAGUGUUUCCAAACCCACCGUGACUCUAACCAACCAGAAUUAAGCAGUUAAUGAAAAUAAAUGCAUUCUAGUAACCCAGUCAUCAAAAUAUGUAACAGGUAACUAUUAACAUUUUUCAUUUCAUUCCAGGACAAACUAGGUUUAUACGGGAUUACUGCAACAGUGCCACACACAGAGCAAAAAUAAUAAACAAUAAAGAAUCUGUCAAAUGUCCAAUCAGCUUUUAAGUAAGGGAAAAUGAAAUCAAAUGUAGGUAAAAAUGAAAUACUGUGAUAAUGAAGUACUGUAUGUGGUGUAAAAAAUAAAUAAACACACCCAACCUAAUUUCAUAACACCUACCUCUUGGAAAAUGUUAAAGCUCUUUAGGUCUAUUAAAUAUUAUCUAAAUCACACAUAAAAUAAUACAGAAAACAACAGUGCGAGUGACACUCAUUUACCAAAUGAUGAUAAUAGAGGAAAAAUAGAGAAAUAUAGAGAAAUAAACAUUCAACAGAAUGAUUUAGAAUAAUGUGAAUGUAUUAAAAAAGUAAGAAUUUCAUAUAACAGUGUAAAAAAUGUCCUGUGUUCAGUCAGGAGGAAUUACUAGCCAGUCAGUGCAGAGAAGCUGAGAUUUAUCAGAACGUAGGUCAAAUAAAUGACAAGAUCGCACCCCUGCUAUUGAAGAUGAAACUAAAUAAUGACAGACACAAGAAACGAAGGAACCUGGAAAAAGUUUAGUUCACAUCAAUACAAACUAAGAAGACCUAAUAAUAACUUCAGAUGAUCUACAACAAUGUCCAUAAUGCAUUUUGCAAUAAUAUAAUAUUGAAAUGUCAUCCAUCAAAAUUAGCAGCGCUUGGAAUACAACAAAAUAUACAUUUACAUUUACAGCAUCUAGUAAUUCAUCCAAGUAACUGACCAGGAUUAUGAUUAUUAGUCGAGUUCCACUGUCCUCAUUGGUGCAUUAUCUCAGGUGUGAAUAGCAAACACUGCACAAAUGAAUGUACUUUAGAUUUCGGUUACACUCUGAUGCACUUUGAAACACGGAACUUAUUUAAUGUGAUUGUAUCUAAAUAAUGAUGUAAACAGGACCCUAAACGUUUUAGAGCUAUUAUUACUAUGUCAGUUAUUCUCAAUGAGCCAUUUUUAUUUUAUAUUUAAUGAAAUGACGUUUUUAGAUAG